AUGUUGACAUUUUUUCUGUAUUUUAAAUUAUACAAAUUUCAGUUGGUAUUUAGCAAUGGACAAUGUUAUUCUUAUCUUCAGUUUAUUUUUGAAUUAUUUGUUGUUAUAAUUUUAAUAUCUAAUUUAAAAAAAAUGAUUAAAGCUAUAUUAGUUUUUAAUAACCAUGGAAAGCCGAGGUUGACAAAAUUUUACCAACAUUUUAAUGAGGAAAUGCAACAACAAAUUAUCAAAGAAACGUUUCAACUAGUUUCGAAAAGGGAUGAUAACGUGUGUAAUUUCUUAGAAGGUGGAACAUUAAUUGGAGGUUCUGAUUAUAAAUUAAUUUACAGACAUUAUGCUACCUUAUAUUUUGUGUUUUGUGUUGACAGUUCUGAAUCGGAAUUAGGAAUUUUAGAUUUAAUUCAAGUGUUUGUGGAAACUCUUGAUAAAUGUUUUGAAAACGUAUGCGAACUUGAUUUAAUUUUUCACGUUGAUAAAGUUCAUUAUAUUUUAAAUGAAUUAGUGAUGGGUGGAAUGGUUCUCGAAACAAAUAUGAACGAAAUAUUAAUUAGAAUUGAAGAUCAAAACAAAUUAGAAAAACAAGAAUCAGGGAUAAUUGCUGCUCCAGCGAGAGCAGUGUCAGCUGUCAAAAAUAUGAAUAUUCCUCAACAAAUAAAAGAAAUGAAAUUGCCUGAUUUACCACAAGCGAUAAAAGAUUUAAAAUUUUGA